AUGAUUGACGAAGAAUGGUGUCAACCAUGCGAAAAGCAGUUCUUCCAAUCAAACUUUCCAAAUUGGACAAGCGGUAAUAAGCACGUUGACGAUUUUCUCCGGGGGACUCAACUUUUAGCAACAACAAAAUUCAACUUUUUAGAAUGGAUACCCUACGACAAGUUAAUCGAUAUCGAACAUAUCGGUAGUGGUGGAUUCGGGGAGGUGUUCUCAGCAACGUGGAUUGAUGGACCUAGAACAAAGUGGGAUGCGGUCAAGUUAACUUGGGAACGAUAUCCAAAUGUCAAAGUGGCUUUAAAGAGUAUAGUUAAACUAAGAGAAGAGAAUGUCACUGCGGAUUUGUUUCAAGAGCUUCGGCACCAUUUAGAAGCCAUCAAUAAGGUGUUAGGACGCGUUAAUACUUUGCGCACCUUCGGUAUGAGCUAUAAUCCCGAAUCCAAAACAUACAUAAUGGUAAUGAUAUUGGCCGACGAAGGAGACCUCGGGAACUAUCUUAAAUCUCAUUUCUCAUCCCUCACUUACCUCAGAAGACUUGAUAUCCUUCAUGACAUCGCCAUCGGGAUCGCUAAGGAGUUUGAACGGGGUGAGGAAUAUCGGUUGAAGGAACCGCAACCACAGAUUUUGCACCAGAAUUAUAAUCAAUAUAGUGUGAAUUAUAGCGUAGUUUCAGCAAAUCCUGUGAAAUAUUGGAGGUUGUUUCUGAAACAGAAAUCCUUGAAGAUGGAUAAGAAUGAGAAAGGAGAAUUAAAAGUCAAGGAUGAAAUUGAUACUAGAGAGGUUUUUCCGACACUACAGGAUUGGAAUGAUCUUCGCGUAGUUUCAGACAAUAUUCCUGUCGGAGCUGUUGUGGCCGACAAGUAUCUUGGAAGAUAUAGUACAAUCGUAAUAUUUUCUUUGGUCUACAUGAUCGGAUUGAUCGUUUUAACAUUGACGGCGAUUCCUCCUGCCAUAGAAGCAAAAUUUUCUUUACCUGGAUUGUUAGUAGCCAUGGUGAUAAUUGGACUGGGAACAGGAGGGAUCAAGCCGAACGUGUCACCGAUGUCUGCCGAUCAAUAUACAAAGACAAAAGCAUUCAUCAGAACUUUAAGUUCCGGCGAACGAGCACCCGAUGCAUUGGAAUCCACAUUAACCGCCAUUUAUUUAACAACAGUCGGAUUUGGGAAUGUUUUGGGAUUUGGAGUUGUGCCAUUUUCCAAAGACCCUUAUCUCGUGAUUCUGUAUUUAUCAUUAGGAGUUGUGGCGUUUGUUGCCGGGUGUCUCAUGUAUUGGUUAUUUAGUCAUUUUGAUGUUGAAGGCGGUAGGUCGAAAGAGGACGAAAAUGUAAUUUGA